AGGGAGCGGGAUGUCCCGUGAGACAGGAGGUGACUCGCAGCAGUCGCAUAGCGCCUCCCAGUCCCAGUCCCAGUCCCAGAAUGCUUCCAGCUCCUCCUCUGGCACCUCCCACAGUCAGACAUCCCACUCCAGCUCAGGGACCAUCAGUUCGUUAGACACUGUUCCUACUCAGGACCUUCCUUCUAUUCCCGAGGACCAGGAACCAGAAGAACUUGACCCUCAGCCCUGGGGUCGGCUCUGGGCUCUCGAGGAUGGAUUCUCUAACCUUGAUUGUGUGGAGAAUGAGUACUGGUUCGGCCGAGAUCGAAGGUGUGAAUACAGCUUUGACAACCCUGGGCUUAAAAAAACUGACAAAUACCGAACGUAUAGCAAGAAACACUUCCGGAUUUUCCGGGAAAAAGGGCCCAAGAACUCUUACAUAGCCUAUAUCGAAGACCACAGCGGGAAUGGGACCUUUGUGAACCGAGAGCUAGUUGGGAAAGAAAAGCGAUUGCCACUGAGUAACAACUCUGAGAUCGCCCUGUCCGUGCCCACCAACAAAGUGUUUGUGUUUUUUGAUCUGACUGUAGACGAUCAAUCUAUUUAUCCUAGUGAAUUAAGAGAAAAAUACAUCAUGUCAAAAACACUUGGAAGUGGUGCUUGUGGAGAGGUGAAGCUGGCCUUUGAGCGGAAAACGUGUAAGAAAGUUGCUGUGAAGAUUAUCAGUAAGAGGAAAUUCUCCAUAUGUGCCACGAGAGAGGCGGAUCCAGCUUUCAAUGUUGAAACGGAAAUUGAGAUUUUGAAGAAACUAAAUCAUCCUUGUAUCAUCAAGAUUAAAAAUUUUUUUGAUGCCGAAGAUUACUUUAUUGUUUUGGAACUGAUGGAAGGAGGAGAGUUGUUUGAGAGAGUAGUAGGGAAUAAAAGACUGAAUGAAGCUACGUGCAAGCUGUACUUUUACCAGAUGCUCCUCGCUGUAAAGUACCUUCAUGAAAAUGGUAUUAUACACAGGGACUUAAAGCCGGAGAAUGUGCUUCUGUCAUCUCAGAAAGAGGACUGUCUUAUAAAGAUUACUGAUUUUGGGCAAUCGAAGAUUCUUGGGGAGACAUCUCUUAUGAGAACCUUAUGUGGCACACCCACCUACUUGGCUCCGGAAGUCGUCAUUUCCAUGGGUUCCGCAGGCUACACUCGUGCUGUGGACUGCUGGAGUUUGGGUGUUAUCCUCUUUGUUUGCCUUAGUGGAUAUCCACCUUUCUCGGAGCAUAAGACCCAAGUCCCUUUGAAGGAUCAGAUCGUCAGUGGGAAAUAUAAACUCAUUCCAGAAGUCUGGGAAGCCGUCUCUGACAAGGCUUUGGAUCUUGUUAAGAAGCUGCUGGUAGUAGAUCCAGAGAAACGCUAUACAACAGAAGAAGCCUUGGCACAUCCAUGGCUUCAGGAUGAGGAGAUGAAAAGCAAAUUCCAUGCUCUGCUUAUGGAGGAAACUAAGUCACCGAAUCUGCCUUUGAGCCCAGCCCAGCUUUUCACAAGCAGAAAGCGUCCUCACGAAGGGGAAGAAGAGGAUGAAGCUAGCUCUUCAAAACAUUGCCUAGCCUCUACCUCCAUGCAGACAGCACUGUUAAAAGAAAAAAGGGAAAGAAAGUGACUUUUAUACUUACCUUUUGUUAGUCAUUUUGGGAUAAUUUUCAAUUUUUUAUAAAGUAACUUUUUUAAAAAAUGGAAAAAUUGUCUAACAUAAUCACUGAUGUACAAAUAAAAAUGAAUGUAAUCAUG